GAACUGGUUCAGGUCCAGGUUCUGCUUUGAUCCUCGGCGCAAACUGGAGACGCCGAAGAGGGCCCUCGGAGAAAGCCUUGGAUGGGAGGAUGUGGGAAGGAGCCCGCGGGGCUCGGCGGCGCUGAGCCCGGCCCGCAGCCCCGCCGCCCCAGUGCCCGCCGCCCGCGCGCCCGCCCGCUCAGCCCAAUGCUCCUCUUCGGGCUCCUCCUGCUGACAUCCGCCCUGGCCGGCCAGAGACCCGGGACCCGGGCUGAGUCCAGCCUGAGCAGCAAGCUCCAGCUCGCCAGCACCAAGGAGCAGAACGGAGUACAAGAUCCCCAGCAUGAGAGAAUUAUUACUGUGUCUACCAAUGGAAGUAUUCACAGCCCGAGGUUUCCUCAUACUUAUCCAAGAAAUAUGGUCUUGGUAUGGAGAUUAGUAGCAGUAGAGGAAAAUGUAUGGAUACAGCUCACAUUUGAUGAGAGAUUUGGGCUUGAAGACCCAGAAGAUGACAUAUGCAAGUAUGAUUUUGUAGAGGUUGAGGAACCCAGCGAUGGAGCCGUAUUAGGGCGCUGGUGUGGGUCUGGCACUGUGCCGGGAAAGCAGAUUUCUAAAGGCAAUCAGAUCAGGAUACGGUUUGUGUCUGAUGAAUAUUUUCCUUCGGAACCCGGGUUCUGCAUCCACUAUAGCAUUGUCAUGCCACAGUUCACAGAAACCGUGAGUCCUUCCGUGCUACCCGCUGCAGCUUUGCCACUGGACCUGCUUAACAAUGCUGUCACUGCCUUUAGCACCUUGGAAGAUCUUAUUCGGUAUCUUGAACCAGAGAGAUGGCAGCUGGACUUAGAAGAUCUGUCCAGGCCCACUUGGCAACUGCUGGGCAAGGCUUUCGUGUUUGGAAGGAAAUCCCGAGGUCCUUCAGUUGAGACCCAAGACGGGCGUCCGGGGGCUGCAGAAGUCGCUCACGGACGUGGCCCUGGAGCAUCACGAGGAGUGCGACUGCGUGUGCAGGGGGAACCCCGGGGGAUAACGCAUCGUGGUGGCUCAGGGCUGCCACUGCGGCAGAACUCGUGCCUUAUCUCCAUCCACAAUCCCGGCUGGCUGUUGGUUCCAGGGCCCUUUCAUCUUCAGGAUUUACAGCGUGUCCUGAGAGAGGAGACACCACGCAGAAUUAGGGGUUGUGCAACGGCCCUUUGGAGGAGAGGCCCCACGACAGGAGAAAAGUCCUUGCCGGGGAGAGGAUGAACCUUGUAGAUUCCUAGUUAGUGGCAAAGUCCCCACGUGCGCCCUUGGCUGCGUCUGUGUCUCUUGUCUGGAUGUGGCCUAGGUUCAUGUCAGCACAGGAAGCACUGCCCCUAAGCCCCUGGUUCUGUUGCCUUGCUUAACUCUGAAGCCCCCUGCUCUGGGCCUACAGUCACAGAAAUCUGGGAUUGUUUCUCAUAUUCACAUGCAUAAGCCAGAGUGUUCGAAGCUCUACCAACGUGGGUUUUGGAAAAGAACUGUGUUGCCAUGAAUUAAACUUGUGUCACGCUGAUAGGAAAGACUGGAUUUUCCCUGUUUCUUACUCAGAUUUCUACCAUUUGGAAGAACAGACCUCCAUCCACGGUUUGGAAGAGACAAACCUGAGAAGAAGAGUGGCCUUAUCUUCACUUUAUAAGUUGGUUUAUUUGUGUUAUUGUGUACAUUUUUAUAGUCUCCUUUUGACAUUAUAACUGUUUGCUUUUCUAAUCUUGUUAAAUAUAUCUAUUUUUACCAAAGGUAUUUAAUAUUCUUUUUUAUGACAACCUAGAUCAACUAUUUUUAGCUUGGUAAAUUUUUCUAAACAGAAUGGUUAUAGCCAGAGGGACGAAGAUGAUAUAAAAUAUUGUUGCUCUGACAAAAAUACAUGUAUUUCCUUCUUGUAUGGUGCUAGAGCUUAGAUCAGUCUGCAUUUUUAAAUAUUGACAUGGGAAAUGGAUAGAAUUUGAUAAGUUGCAAAGACUCUUGGAAACUAAAUAAAUAUGUCAUCUUCCACUCCUCUUAUUGGAGACGCCAGCGAGAAGCAGCAUAUUCCCGUAGGCAUCCAGAUCCAGGAAUUACUAACCCCUAACCCUCAUUUUGGGAAACGUGAGCCUAGCUCAGUAGAACAGAAAGCACCUUGAAAAAAGAGACUUGACAGCCUCCUGACCAAGCAUGCUUGGCUGUCCUGUAGGACCACAUCCUAUUUAUUGUGAUGUUCUGGUUAGAUUGUCUUUAAACUCUGUUCCAUACACUUGUAUAAAUACAUGAAUAUUUUUAUGUACAGAAGUAUAUCCUUUAACCGAUUCACUGAUUAUACUCUUUGGCAAUUGAAAAGAAAACCAGUCAGAUCCUUUGCUUGUAAAAUGCUUAAUAUCGUGCCUAGGUUAAGUGGCGACUGUUUGAAUUACAAAUGUGUUGGCUCACCAAAUAAAAGAAUGCAGCGGUUUCGGGGAGAAACUGAGUGUGUGUUCGGAAGAUUUGUCUCUUAAAUGCCAAGAAAAUAAAAGCGACAGACUGUGGUGUUACCAUGAUUUUUAUUAUGCAAAAGCUGGUAUCAAUUCAAAAGACAGGCAGAAAAGUGACUAUUUCUGGUGAGACUUUCCUGCCCCUGGACUCCAGUGCUUUUGAGCAGUAGUUUUCUUUUUCCCAGUCAUCUUGAUAGUAAUUGCUGGUAAGUUAAAUUGCGGAUGGCUUGGAGUUGCGUGUGGUUAAUGAAAUGCUUGCUGAUAGCUUAUAUGGUAGUAGGAAACUGACAGUGGGCGGGGAUCCUGUAACUUUCCACUCUUGUCUUCCUUUCCAACGGCUGAUACUAGAGCGGCUGAGCCCAGGUCCAUGUGGCAUGUGGAUCCACACGGUUUACACGGCACUCCUCCCGGUGGCGGCGUCAGUUUCAGAGGUAGAUCUCUAUGCAGGCUGGUAUCUUCAACACCUGAUCCCUGCCUUCGAACUUGCCCAGGAGCCGUCUAGGUCCCAGACUCUUCUUCCAAGGCAAUACCCUUUCCGGCACUUUUCCACCUGGCAGUCCUACCCUGCGCCCAACCAUGUGGAAGACAAAUAAAAAGUGCCCUGUCUUACUGACUUAUUUCCAUGGUUUUGUUGCAGCCCCCUGGAGGCUGAUUAGAUACAGCCCAACCGCUCCCCUGGAAGGUCUACACUGCCUCUCCCUCUGGGCAGUUGACAAGUCUCAUUAGCAUAAAGAGGCUCUGAAAUCUAAG